UCCCCUUCAUCUAUAACUCUAUAAGACAAGCUCGCUUUUGUUAAAUUCAAUAUCUUUGAAUCAACCGCCGGAAGCUUGAAAAAUGGCUGACAAAGAAGGAGAAAAACAUGUGGAGGAAGGGAAAAUCCCACUUCUCACUCCCUACAAAAUGGGUAAAUUCGAGCUUUCUCACAGAGUUGUUUUGGCACCUCUAACAAGGCAAAGAUCCUAUGGGAAUGUCCCUCAGCCACAUGCAAUCUUAUAUUACUCACAAAGAACAACAAAAGGAGGCCUUCUUAUUGCAGAAGCCACUGGUGUUUCCGACACUGCCCAAGGGUAUCCAGAAACACCGGGUAUAUGGACAAAAGAACAAGUAGAGGCAUGGAAACCAAUUGUGGAUGCUGUUCAUGAAAAAGGCGGAAUCUUUUUCUGUCAAAUUUGGCAUGUCGGAAGGGUUUCAAAUACGGGUUUUCAGCCAAAUGGACAAGCCCCAAUAUCUUCCACAGAAAAAGAAAUAUUUCCUCAAUUACGAAGCAAUGGCAUUGAUGUUGCACAAUUUUCAACUCCAAGGAAGCUGACUACAGAGGAGAUUCCACUUGUUGUUAAUGAUUUCAGAAUUGCUGCAAGAAAUGCAAUUGAAGCUGGUUUUGAUGGAAUUGAGAUCCACGGCGCUCAUGGUUACUUGAUCGAGCAAUUCAUAAAAGACCAAGUAAACGACAGGACCGACAGAUACGGCGGCUCUUUACAAAAUCGUUGUCGAUUCGCUCUGGAAAUCGUCGAGGCGGUCGUCAACGAGAUUGGACCGGACCGAGUCGGUAUCCGACUCUCCCCGUUCACGGAGUUCAUGGGAGCCGGGGAUUCAAAUCCAGAAGCUUUAGGUCUUUACAUGGUGGAAUCUUUGAACAAAUAUCAGAUUAUAUAUUGUCAUAUGGUGGAACCAAGGUGGAAAGUGGAAGGCGAAAACGUAGAAAGUCCACAUAGUCUUGUCCCGAUGAGAAAGGCGUUCAAGGGGACGUUUAUUUCGGCCGGCGGGUAUGAGAUGGAAGACGGGAAUACGGCGGUGGCGGAGAAUCGGACGGAUCUUGUUGCUUAUGGUCGUUUGUUUUUGGCGAAUCCGGAUCUGCCGAAACGGUUUGAGAUUAGGGCUCCGCUUAAUAAGUACAUCAGGGAGACAUUUUAUACCCAUCAUCCUGUUACUGGGUAUACUGAUUACCCGUUUCUUGAGACUAAGGUAUAAGAAAGGCGCGAAUUUACUAAAAAUAAGGACUA